AUGUUCGACACUAUCUGCACCCUCCCGCUCUCCUCCGACAUCUUCGCUCAGGCCGUCCACCCCACUCUCCCGCUCGUCACUGUCGGUCUCUCCUCCGGCCAUGUCGCGACCCUGAAACUUCCGCCAGUAGACGAGGACUCGGAACCGGACGAUGUCAAACGUUCGCCGGAGCGCAGAGGAUCCAAUGGCACAGAUUUUGUGGACACGACGUGGCGGACGAAGCGACACAAGGGUAGUUGCCGCUGUCUGGCCUACAGCAUCAAUGGCGAGCACGUCUACUCUGCAGGUACAGAUGGGAUCGUCAAGGCCGCAGACAUUGGGACAGGAAAGGUCGUUGGCAAGAUUGCCAUCCCAGCUGCUGCGAGUAGUGCUGCUGGAGUCGAAGUAGAUGCGCCUACCGUCGUGCAUGCGCUGAGCCCGCAGACUCUUCUACUUUCGACAGAUUCUGGCGCAUUGCAUCUGUACGACUUGAGGGAUCCUGCACCGAGCCUGCCUCUUCAGGAUGGCAAGACUGCAUUUGUACAAAGCAGGCCGAGUCAGACAUACCACCCGCACGCCGAUUACAUUUCGAGUCUUGCACCCAUCCCUCCGAGCGCAGCCAGCACGAGUGGGUACAGCAAGCAGUUCUUGACCACUGGAAGCACGACCCUGGCGUUGACAGACCUGAGAAGAGGCGUGCUGGCAAAGAGCGAAGAUCAGGAGGAACUGCUGCUGAGCUGUCUGUAUGUCACUGGUCUGCCAGUGAAGAAGAGCAGCGGGAGUACGGGCGAGAAGGCCGUAGUGGGAGGUGGAGAUGGUGUGAUCACAUUGUGGGAGAAAGGCCAGUGGGACGAUCAAGACGAGAGGAUUGUGGUCAGCAGAGAGAAGGAGACAUUGGAUUGCAUGGCGGCGAUUCCCGACGACAUUGGAGGUCUUGGUAAAAAGAUCGCAGUGGGCAUGGGAGAUGGAAGAAUACGGGUUGUGCGAUUGGGUAUGAACAAGGUCGUUGCUGAGUUCGCGCAUGAUGAGGUCGAGGGCGUGACCGCGCUUGGCUUCGAUGUCGAAGGCCGCAUGAUCUCUGGUGGAGGCCAGACGCUCAAGGUCUGGAGAGAGCACUUUGCUGCUCCUGAUGACGACAGCGACGAUGACGGCGUGACUGGCAAACGUGCCGCCGACAGCGACGACGAUAGCGACGCAGAGGAGGCGGAGGACAGCAGCGAUGAAGAAGAGAAAAGCAAAAAGCCGAGAAAGAAGAAGAAGAGAGGCAAGGCACCACAAAACGUGCCCAGCUUCGACUUUGGUGGACUUGAUUAA